AUGUCCUCAACCCCUCUUUUUCCGCGCGGCGGCCUUCUGCCGCACGAGCGCGAUCCACGACGAGCGCACGAGCGCCUCGAACUGCUCGUCGCGGUCGACCGUGAUCGACUGGAGGUCGUAGUAGUCCUCGAAGAGCUGCCGCGUCACGGGCCCGCCGCCCGCCGCGAGCGCCUCGUGGAGCUCGGCGCGCACGUCGGCCGCGCUGCGAUUGCCCGCGACGACGUCGGGGUGCGCGUCGGCGUCGAAGGCCUUGGCCAUCGCCGCCGCGUCGAGCGUCGUCUCGUCGCCCAGGAUCGUGUACAGCCGGUCGACGAAGGACCGCCGCCUGUCGUUCAUGUGCCCCGCGUCGACGUGCAGCUUGAAAAACUCCUCGUCCAUGCUCCGCUUCGCCUGGAUAUCCGGCUUUGGCUCGGCGCAGCACGCAUUUCCCAUUUUGGCGCGCGACGCGUCGCUCUCUUGCCGCGCGUCACGCUAGAUCUUUUCGCUUCUGGCCCGCGCUCUCUUGCCGCGCGUCACGCCAAUAUUUUUGCUCCGUCCGCGCGCGCCGCGUUGCUGCUCGGCUGCUCGGCUGCUUUUGAGCAAUGUAUCAAAUCUCCUGAUGCGCCUAGUGAGCAGCGCCGGCUGCCGUAUAUGCUGCUCUUGACAACAGAAGAGAGCUACACGCUGCUGAUAUGCGCUCUUGACCGCGGCAGAGGCUGCGAUCGCGGCUCGCGCCCAAAAUCUACG